UCACUGCCUGUCCCAUCCGAUCUACCGGAAUUCAUGAACCGGCUCUUUCGCCGAGCACAACAUCGACAGAAGUUGAAAAAGUUGUUGACUAGUUAGGAUAUGCAAUUAGAAGAGAAAAGAAAUCCCGUUCGAAGCUCAUGUGCUAACUUCUCUCUCUCACCGGAUCAUCGUAUUACACUGCCCAGUGGCAGAGCAAGACGAGAAAAAAAAGAGAAUUUUUUUUUUUUCUUUGGUCUUUGUGCGUAAGAGAGAGUAAAGCCGAAUAAACCAACCAAAACCAAAAUUCGAUUUUUCUAUACUCCUCUCGCAGAAUCUUAUCUCGGAAGUUCCCUUUCUCCGGCUUAACUCUUCAUCGUCAUGCAUUACGCGUUGGGGGCCGAGAGAAUGGCUGAAGAAGAACCACGUGGAGGAGGAGGAAGCAAUUCCCUAAAGAGGAAAUUCUCUGAAACCGAUGGAGAUCAUCGUAACGCUCCUGAUUGCUCCUCUUCUCCAAUGGUGAUCGACUCUAAUGGUUAUGAGUUGAAGGUGUACGAGGUUGCAAAGGACAGGAACAUAAUAGCUGUUCUUGGGACAGGAACUGUUAAGUCAGUGAUAAUCAGUAUGCUUAUCAAAGCAAUGGGUUCGUCUGAUUCAGAAAAAAGGUUGAUCAUUUGCUUGGCCCCAACAGUAAAUCUUGUCAAACAGCAUUGCUGUGAGAUCAGAGCACAACUAAAUCUGAAGGUUGAAGAGUACUUUGGGGCUAAAGGAGUUGAUAAAUGGACAUCCCAGCGCUGGGAAGAGGAACUUAGUCAGAACGAUUUCAGGUUCUGGUUAUGACUCCUCAAAUACUUGUGGAUGUCCUUAGAAGUGCAUUCCUGAAAUUGGAGAUGGUAUGCCUUCUGGUAAUAGAUGAAUGCCACCGCACCACUGGCAAUUAUCCCUAUGCAAAAUUAAUGAAGGAGCUCUAUCACAAAUCUACUGAAAAACCGAAGAUAUUUGGAUUGACUACGUCGGCCGCUAUUAGAAAAGAUCAAGUAUCAGAACUUGAGGCGCUCAUGGACUCCCAGAUUUUUAAUCCUGAAGAGCAGAAAGGGCUGGAAAAGUUUGCUACAAUAGUAGAAGAAGGUCCAAUAUAUUAUGACCCACCACCCUUCUGUAGUGUGGAAUUGAAAGAAAAACUGGAAACUUCUCACCUCAAGUUUGAUGCUUCGCUGUUAAGGCUCCAAGAAAUGGAAAAAGGCAAUUGUCCCUACAUGGAAAAUAAGUGUAAGACAUAUCAAAAGCGGUUGUCCUUUGACUACAGAGAAAUUUUGCAUUGCCUUGAGAAUCUUGGCCUGAUUUGCGCACAUUUGGCGGCUGAAGUCUGCUUGGAGAAAAUCUCAGAUGUUAAAGAGGAAAGUGAAACUUAUAAAGAGUGCUCAAUGGUGUGCAAGCAAUUUCUUGAGGAUUUUUUAUCCACACUUGAGGUGUUUGUGCAGCAAGAAGAUACGAAUUCGGUAGAUUUGCAGCAAAACAAUCUGUCAGCAGUGAAUUCGGGAUGCGUAUCUCCAAAAUUACAAGAACUUUUCCAUCUAUUGAAUACGUUUAGAGGUGAAAUGCAAAAGCCGUGCCUCAUUGUAUUUGAGAGACUUAUAACUGCCGAGGUGAUCGAAAGAUUUAUGAAGAAAGAAGCCUCUUUAGGUUACCUUAAUGUCUUGUAUAUAGUCGGAAAAAACGCCCCCACCCAUGCAUUGGGACAGAAAACGCAAAUGGAAAUCUCUGAUUCAUUUCUUGUUGAAAAGGUGAAUCUUUUAUUUAUCACUGACGUGGUUGAAGAGGGGUUUCAGGUGCCAGAUUGCUCAUGCAUGAUAUGUUUUGACCUGCCCAAAACAGUGUGUAGUUACUUGCAGUCUCAAGAAUUGGCCAAAGAGAGUAACUCUAAGUCUAUUAUGUUUCUUGAAAGGGGAAAUCCGAAACAAAUAGACCAGCUGUAUGACCUUCUGCGAAGAGAAGUCCCAACGCAAGAUACAGAAAUUCCAAACUUUAAACUGUGUCCACCUCCAGUGAUGAAUGAACAUGACCAGAAAGAGAAUGGAGACACGGUUAUUCCAGAUUCUAGAUGCACUGUCGUUGAGGAAGUAACUGCCACUCAAACUUUAGUUGAUCCUCCUAACAGAAAUGAGCAGUUAGCAUGUAAGAAGUUACGUCAUUUGGACGCAUUGAAUAAAAGCCUUUUACAAUGCAGCACCAAAGAGAAGGUCGCCUCUUCUAAAAGUAAAUCAUUUUCAUCGGCUGCAGGUUCGAAAAAGCGGAAGGAGUUGCACGGGACAACCUGUGCAAAUGCAUUGUCAGGAAACUGGGGAGAAAAUCUUGAUGGCGCCAUCUUUCAGGCUUAUAAGUUUGACUUCUGUAGUAAUAUUUCUUGGGAUGCGUAUUCGAGUUUCUGUCUUUUGAUUGAGUCAAGCCUUGCCGAUGAUGUUGGUAAUGUCGAGAUUAGCCUUUACUUGGUCAGGAAGUAUGUGAAGGCUGCUCUCUCACCUUGUGGCCAUAUACGUUUGUGUCAAGAAGAGUUAGUCAAAGCAAAGUGUUUUCAGCAGUUUUUCUUCAAUGGCAUGUUUGGAAAAUUGUUCGUUGGAUCUAAAUCAUUGGGAACAAAGAGAGAAUUUUUGCUUCAGACUGACACAAGUUCUCUUUGGCAACCUUCCUUUAUGUUUCUUCUGCUACCGGUGGAAACAAAUGAGCUAGUUUCGAGUGCGAUACUUGAUUGGUCAGCGAUCAACUCCUGUGCCUCUGUAGUUGAGUUCUUGAAGAAAAAUUUUCUUCUUGAACUUCAGAUUAGUGAUGGAAAUAACUGCAACACCUCAUCCAGUCAGGAAGUUUUACUCGAGGAUGAAAAGAAGGAAACGAAUAUGAUUCACUUUGCCAACGCUUCGUCUGAUAAAAAUAGUCUCGGAGAAAUUGUUGUUAUUGCAAUUCAUACCGGAAGAAUAUACUCUAUAGUUGAAGCGGUAAAGGAUUCUUCUGCUAUGAGCCCAUUUGAAGAUGAAGCCUCAUCAGAAUAUGCUACUUAUGCAGAAUAUUUUAAUAAAAAGUAUGGGAUUGUAUUGGCGCACCAGAAUCAGCCAUUGAUGAAAUUGAAGCAGAGUCACCAUGCGCACAACCUUUUAGUCAACUUCAGUGAAGAUGUGAUUGUGAAGACAGAACCAGAGGCUGGUAAUGCUAGAAAGAAAAAACCGAACAUCCAUGCGCAUUUGCCUCCAGAGCUUUUGGUCAGAAUUGACGUACCACGUGGUGUGUUGAAAUCAAUCUACUUACUGCCCUCAGUGAUGCACCGCCUAGAGUCUCUAAUGUUGGCCAGCCAACUUAGGGAAGAGAUUGAUUGUAGCAUUGAAAACUUCAGUAUAUCGAGUACAUCGGUUCUUGAAGCGCUUACAACACUAACAUGCGCUGAAGCAUUUUCCAUGGAGAGGCUGGAACUGCUUGGGGAUUCAGUCUUGAAGUAUGUUGUGAGCUGUUCUCUCUUCCUUAAGUAUCCUGCCAUAGACGAGGGAAAACUUACGCGAAAGAGGCAAUCGAUUAUAUCGAACUCAAAUCUUCACCGCCUGGCAACAGAUCGCAACUUACAGGGAUACAUAAGAAACGGCGCUUUUGAACCGCGUCGCUGGACUGCACCUGGUCAAAGUUCUCUAUUUCCUGUUUCUUGCAAGUGUGGGAUUGAUACUAGAGAAGUACCAUUGGACCCAAAAUUCUUUACAGAAAACAUGACUAUAAAAAUUGGGAAAUCUUGCGACAUGGGACAUAGAUGGACGGUUUCAAAAUCUGUAUCAGAUUGCGCAGAGGCACUGAUUGGUGCCUAUUAUGUUAGCGGUGGAUUGAGUGCAGCUCUUCAUAUGAUGAAAUGGCUUGGUGUUGACGUUGAGUUUGACGCAGAACUAGUGACUGAAGCCAUCAAUAGAGUUUCUCUACGGUGUUACGUCCCUAAAGACGAUGAACCCUCUGAGUUGGAGAAAAAGAUACGGCAUGAGUUCUCUGCAAAGUUCCUUUUAAAAGAGGCUAUCACACACUCCUCUGUUCAUGAAUCCUAUUCCUAUGAGAGAUUGGAGUUUCUUGGCGAUUCUGUACUGGAUUUUCUAAUCACCCGUCAUCUCUUUAACACCUACGAGCAGACCGGGCCUGGAGAGAUGACAGAUCUUCGUUCUGCAUGUGUAAACAACGAAAAUUUUGCGCAAGUUGCAGUCAAACAUAAUCUGCAUACCCACCUUCAACGCUGUGCUACAGUUCUUGAGACUCAAAUAAACGAGUAUCUGAUGUCCUUUUCAAAGCCAGAUGAGACUGGUAGAUCAAUCCCUUCAAUACAAGGCCCUAAGGCUCUUGGAGACGUGGUGGAGAGUAUUGCUGGAGCAUUGCUGAUCGAUACAAGGUUAGAUCUUGAUGAAGUGUGGAGAGUCUUUGAGCCGUUGCUUUCUCCACUUGUAACUCCAGAUAAACUUCAGCUACCUCCCUACCGAGAGCUCAAUGAGCUAUGCGACUCUCUUGGGUAUUUCUUCCGUGUGAAAUGCUCAAAUGAUGGUGUCAAGGCACAAGCCACGAUCCAGUUGCAACUGGACGAUGUUCUUCUGACCGGAGAUGGAUCUGAACAGACAAAUAAACUGGCAUUGGGGAAAGCAGCUUCGCAUCUGCUUACGCAACUUGAGAAGAGAAACAUUUCACGUAAAAUUUCAAGCGGGGAUAAUCAAAGCUCCAUGGAUGUCAAUCUUGCUUGCAAUCAUAGCAACAGAGAAACUCCGUCUUCAGAUUUUAUCGAAAUGAUGAGUACGGUGAUUCCAGUUAUUGGACCUAUAAACAUGAAGAAAGGCGGGCCUCGUGGAACGUUACAUGAGUUCUGCAAGAAGCAUCUCUGGCCAAUGCCUACUUACGACACCUCCGAAGAGAAAUCUCGAACGCCGUUUGAAUUCACAGAUGGCAAUGAGAAGCGGACUAGCUGCAGCAGUUUCAUAUCGACCAUAACUCUAAGGAUUCCCAAUCGUGAGGCUGUGAUGUAUGCCGGAGAAGCCAGACCCGACAAGAAGAGCUCAUUCGACUCGGCCGUCGUCGAACUGCUUUAUGAGCUCGAGCGCCGCAAGUUACUCACCAUACAAAAGUAAAAUUAAUUUCGAUUCUUAAGUUAAUUACUAUAUAAUUCACAUUUAUUGGUCUCAAGCGGAUCUUCUGAUCACCAAAACUCCCAAAUAAUCCACUGUUUAGUGUGUGUCGUCUAGGUUUUAGAUGGCUUUGUUUCUGAAACUCUGAGUUAUGCCUUAAUGAUAAGCUCGUAGACAUUACUA